UAGCCAACCAAUGGGAUCUUCAUGAGUGCAUUUCUCAUCGUUUUACCUCUGGAGUCCAUGGCUCAUGGGCUUUUCCAUGAGCUGGGAAACUGCUUGGGAGGAACAUGUGUUGGGUAUGCUGUUGUGAUUCCCACCAACUUUUGCAGUCCUGAUGGCCAACCAACUCUCCUUCCACCCGAGCAUGUACAAGAGUUAAAUCUGAGGUCUACUGGCAUGCUUAAUGCCAUCCAAAGAUUUUUUGCAUAUCACAUGAUUGAGACAUAUGGUUGUGAUUAUUCUACAAGUGGACUGAGCUUCGAUACCCUUCACUCCAAAAUCAAGUCUUUUCUUGAACUUCGGACAGCAGAUGGACCCAGACAUGAUACCUACAUUUUAUAUUACAGUGGUCACUCCCAUGGCACUGGUGAAUGGGCACUAGCAGGAGGUGAUGCUUUACGACUUGACACACUUCUGGAGUGGUGGAGAGAAAAGAAUGGCACUUUUUGUUCUCGACUCAUCAUUGUUUUAGACUGUGAGAACUCUCAGCCCUGGGUUAAAGAAGUAAGAAAAGUAAACGACCAGUACAUUGCCGUGCAAGGAGCAGAAAUGGCCAGAGUUGUAGACAUCGAGGAAGCAGACCCUCCACAGCUUGGUGACUUCACCAGGCAAUGGGUUGAGUACAACUGUAACCCCGACAGCAACAUCAGCUGGUCUGAAAAGGGACGUACGGUGAAAGCGGUGUAUGGUGUGUCAAAGCACUGGAGCGACUACACUUUGCAUUUGCCAACGGGGAGUGACGUUGCCAAACACUGGAUGAUCUACUUCCCACGUAUCACCUAUCCCUUAGUACAUUUGGCAAACUGGUUUUGUGGUCUCAAUCUGUUCUGGGUCUGUAAAGCAUGCUUUAGGUGCUUGAAAAGAUUGAAAAUGAGUUGGUUUCUUCCCACAGUGCUGGACACGGGACAGGGUUUCAAACUCGUCAAAUCCUAAUUAGGAACCAAAGAGGAAAUUAAGUGAGAGCUCUGCGAACUUUCUCACUUUACUGUACUUACAACUUUUUAUAUGACUAUUUUUCUCUGAAAAAGUCUGCUACACUCACUUUAUUCAGCUCUUUGAGCAGCUAUAGUAUAUGCAACAGUUAGAAAUGGAAAUCUUAAACAGAAGAGAGUAGGGCUAUAAUAUUUGAGUUUUGUUACUGGUCUGUAUGUACAUACGUAGGAGACUUAUUUA